GUGAUGGUUCCCAUCAGUAUGAGAGACCAAUCUGCGCUGCGACAGGCACUCCACCAGCGUAACUCUAGUCUCUCCACUAUCUCUCCACUCGUAGUAAACCCUGUCAAGGUCUCCAAGGACGAGGUUGCCCCUAGCAUUCGACCACGAGAGCGAGCUUGAGAUCUGGGCCCGUUGUUUUCCAUGGUCCUACCUUAGCAAACUUUCAUCACGGUAGAAAUUACUCUCGCCUGCGUCACCCAUCGGGUCAACAGUCCGUCGUUGAGCCUAAUUUCCUGUUUUAAACCCUUCUGUCGCCGCCGACUCCCCUCUUCCAUUUCAACCCCACCCCCAACCUCCCUUACUGUGCUUUGUCUGAAUCCCCAUUCCCCAUCUACUGCAUUUCAGUUCGUUGCUUGGCUGGACUGCUCACCAUGGGCGUUUCUAGUCUGAUCUCGCGGAUCAAACCGCAGGUGGAACAGAAGGAGCUGUCAAAGGCGUCGACUCCCGCUCGCUCUGAGUCGAAUGCGGAGAGAGAUCAUGUCCUGCUCGAUGACAGUCCCGUUCAGUACCUGACCUGGAGGUCGUUCAUCCUGGGGAUCGUGGUCUCCAUGGGUGGCUUCAUCUUCGGCUAUUCGACCGGUCAGAUCUCCGGCUUCACCACCAUGGCCGACUUCAAGCAGCGCUUCGCCGAGAGGCUGCCCAACGGGGAGUAUCACUUCAGCAACGUCCGAAAUGGCCUGAUUGUUGGUCUCCUCUCCAUCGGAACUAUGAUCGGUGCCUUGGUGGCUGCCCCCAUUGCUGACCGCGUUGGCCGUAAACUGUCCAUGACCUUCUGGUCCAUGAUUCAUAUCGUCGGUAUCAUCGUGCAGAUCGCCACGGACGACAAGUGGUACCAGGUGGCCCUGGGUCGUUGGGUCGCCGGUCUCGGCGUGGGCGCCCUGUCCGCCGUGGUGCCCAUGUACCAAAGCGAGUCCGCCCCCCGCCAAGUGCGCGGCGCCAUGGUCAGCGCCUUCCAGCUGUUCGUGGCCUUUGGCAUCUUCAUCUCCUACCUGAUCAACUUCGGCACCGAGAGCAUCGCGUCGACCGCCUCGUGGCGCAUCACCAUGGGCAUCGGCUUCGCCUGGCCCCUGAUCCUCGGCAUCGGCAGUCUGUUCCUGCCGGAGAGCCCCCGCUUCGCCUACCGCAACGGCCGUGUCGAGGAGGCGCGCAACGUCAUGUGCAAGCUGUACGGCGUCAACCCCAACCACCGCACCGUCGUCCAGGAGAUGAAGGACAUGAAGGACAAGCUGGACGAGGAGCGCGCCGCCGGCACCGCCGCGUGGUACGAGAUCUUCACCGGCCCGCGCAUGUUCUACCGCACGCUCCUGGGUAUCGCCCUGCAGUCGCUGCAGCAGCUCACCGGCGCCAACUUCAUCUUCUACUACGGCAACAGCAUCUUCACCUCCACCGGUCUCGACAACUCCUACGUCACCCAGAUCAUCCUGGGCGCGGUCAACUUCGGCAUGACCCUCCCCGGUCUGUACGUCGUCGAGCACUACGGCCGUCGCAAUUCCCUGAUGGUCGGCGCCGGCUGGAUGUUCAUCUGCUUCAUGAUCUGGGCCAGCGUGGGCCACUUCUCCCUGGACCUGGCCGACCCGGCCAAUACGCCCAAAGCCGGCGCCGCCAUGAUCGUCUUCACCUGCUUCUUCAUUGUCGGCUUCGCCACAACCUGGGGUCCCAUCGUCUGGGCCAUCUGCGGCGAGCUGUACCCCGCGCGCUACCGCGCCGUCAGCAUCGGCAUCGCCACCGCCGCAAACUGGACCUGGAACUUCCUCAUCUCCUUCUUCACGCCGUUCAUCUCCAGCUCGAUCGACUUCGCCUAUGGCUACGUCUUCGCCGCGUGCUGCUUCGCGGGCCUGCUCGUCGUCUUCUUCUUCGUCAACGAGACCCAGGGCCGCACCCUCGAGGAAGUCGAUACUAUGUACGUGCAGGGCGUGAAGCCGUGGAAGAGCGCUGGCUGGACGCCUCCUGGGGGUGUCAUUGGUGAUAUUGAUAACAACACUGCUGCGACGGAGGAGGAGGAGGAGAAGAGGGAGGGGGAGGGGGAGCAUGUGCAUGAGGAGCCUCCUAAGGAUAAGGCUGGGGAGGGGAGUGCCUAGUUUUCUUUGACUCUGUUCUCUUCUGAUUCCGGUUCUUGUUUUAUUCCCUUGUUCUAUUCUCUUGUUCUGCCCCUUUCUUCCACUUUUUCUUCUUACUUUUCUACUUCCUUACUUCCUGUCUUACUUUUAUUUUAUUACGACUCUCCUCUUUUCCAUCUAUGAGAUGGCAGACACACUGGGUUCUAUUUCAUGUCGACUCCUGCUUCCUAAUGUCUAGGUCUGGCUGGACCAAACACAACAAAAUGUAUUCAAACAACAACUGAGAAAUGGUUUUUAAAACAAUAUAAGGGGAAUGAAUAGCAAG